CUGAUAAAAAUGUAUUGGGAUUUUGCCAAACAGGUAAAUAAAUAGUUAAAAGAUGAGCAUAACACGGAAUAAACUGUUUGACUGAAAACUAUUCGUGACUUUGUACAGAAGUGAAUUAAAAUAAUCAGCUCGAUUACCAAUACAAAGUAAGAAAAUUUCUAACAAUCAGCAAAUUUAUUACACAGCUUAUGAGAAAAGGACAAUCUUCGUUUUGAACAUUGAAUAUUGUGUAGAAAGAAUCAUCACAAUAUUAUAUAACCAUAAAUACAAUAUGGCAACUCAUAACAUUCAUACAAGAAAACCAUAUUUGGACAUAGAUUCUGAUGAAGUUGGUGGAAAAAAAACAGCAUCUCUGCGAACCCUGCAAAAGACUUCAGGAGACCAAUGAAGCAGAAAUGUACUGCAAAAACUGUGAAGAAUUUCAGUGUUCCAACUGUUUGCGAAACCACAAGCGUUUCCCUAUGUUGUCAAAACAUGUCAUGGUUCAAAUGGAUGAGGUUCAAUCAACAAAAACAUGUCCAAGCCUCAUGGGAUUUGAUAAAUGUGAAGAACAUCAAAGCCCGGUUGAAAUAUACUGCGAAAGACAUAACGAAUUUUGUUGCAGUAAAUGCGCAUUUAGAAAACACAGACUUUGUGCUGAAGCAAAAGAUGUUAGCGAAUUCAUAGCACAGUUUGAGCAAUCUGAUGAGAAAACAUCGUACAAGAAACAAUUAGACAAUUGUGUAAAAGAAACUGACAAUGUAGUGCGUUUGUCUCGGGAACAAUACGCUGAGGCCAACACAGAUAUAUUGGAAGUGACAAAUAAACUUAAAGAUAACAUAGUGGACAUUUUUGAAGAUCAACAGUCACAUAUUCUGAAAGAAUUGCAGGCUAAAUCUGAAGAUUGGAUUGGAAGCACUUUGUCAGAAAUAACAGAAAUUGAGAAUGAACUAAAAACAUGGCAGUCAACAUUUACUGACAUACUUGCAAAUGGAACAGAUGAACAAUGCUUCAUUCUAAGUAAGAAAACGACGAAAAAGCUGUCUGAUUAUGAAUAUACCAUACAGCAGAUGAAAGCUACAGUCAAAAGCAGGAAAAAGGAAUGUGUUGUGAGCAUAAAUGAAGGUAUAACCAAUUUAGUGCAGAAGAAAACACAACCUUUUACAUUAAAUGUUCGGGAACAACUAAGAAAUAUCAGUGAACUUGUAGGAGAGCAAUCAAACCAUGAUAAAGACGACAAAUCAGUUCAAACUAUAAACGGAAAUAAUGAUUCAAAGCCACAGAAUGUACAGCUACAUUUACAGGUUUCAAUGAUGCUAGAAAGAAACAGUAAGAAGCACGAACCAAACACUACUGGUGUCGAUUUUCUCCCAGAUGGAAGGAUUGUUACAAUUGAUAACAUGAAUAAAAAAUGUUUUGUUCUGAAUGAAAACUUAAGGUCAAUUGGUAAACCAUUUCAGUUUAAUACUAAUCCUUUACAUCUGAUAACAUAUGAAAAAACAAAUGUAGCUGUGUCAGCUGGAGCCAUUGUAUUCUUGCUUAAAAUAACCACUCAAAAUGCAAUCAUGUUUGUGAAUAAAAUAUCAUUUCCUUUAAUGAUUGAUGUGAUGGCCAAGUUCAACGGUUCCAUGUUUAUUGCAAGUACAAUCAAUGAUGCACAUUAUCCCGUGCGUGCAUUUGACAUGGAAGGAAAUGUUGUCAAUUUUUCCAAAAUAACUUUUCCUAAAGCAGAUUACAAUGAGGAUAAAAGUGCAUGUACAUUUAUAGCUGAAAAGGGAAUCAUCGUGCUUACAGAUAAAGAAGAAAGCAAAGUGCACAUGUUCAAUAUUCACACAGGUGCCAGUAUUGCACUAGAAAAGGAUGACAACAUUUCUAGACCAUCACAGGCUUGUGUUGGCAAAGAUAACACCGUGUAUGUUUGCUGUCAAGGCAGUAAUUCCAUUGUUCGUAUUUCACCUGAUGGAGAUAUUCUACAAGUCUUUCAAGUUAAAAUGGAAAUUCCAAGUGCAGUGAGCAUCUCCAAAGAUGGCAAGAAGAUGGUUGUUUCUGGUGCUAGAGAAGGAUAUGCGAAGCUCCAUAUUUACGAUAAAUACCCAUCAAAUUAGUAAAACAAGUUAGAGCAAAAACAUUUAUGUUAAUUGAAGCUUUGCAUGAACUGAUUAUGUUGUAAAUGAACAUUAUACAUUGAUAUGUUUUUUAGAGUUUAACUAGGGAUAUUUGUGACCUACAAGCAUCAAUUCCUGAGUGCUGGGGUGUCAUAAAACAUGUGCUAAAUUGUAUUGAGGUGUUUUAAGAAUUACAAUUCACUUACAGAAAAAACUUUUUAACAUCUUGAUCUCAAAAUCAUUUGCUGGUUAAGGGCAAUCUCUAGAAUGUUUAAUGAUCCUGCACCAUACCAACCUGCAGUCUCUGCACGGACAAACUUCAGAAACAUUAUGUUCGUGAUCGUGAACUUUCACCUAGAAACCCAAACAAAGACAGGAUUGAUUGAUGACUUAUAUACCAGCAUAAAACAAAAGGAAUCGCCUACUGUGAAGUAGAAGAUAUCACUGAAAUUUCAUGAUUCUUGACCCAUACAAUUGGGAAAAAUGUUUGUGAAAACUGGGAUUUUUUUUCCAAAACAGACCUACUUAGCCCGAAAAUCAUAGGGGUCAUGUAAAUGUUAAAAUUAUUUGUGUUUCAUGUUUUUAUGUCAAACCAUUCACGAGUUAUUAUACAAUAACACGUUUCUAAGCUGUGACCUUGAACUUUGACAUACUGAACCUCAAAACAAAAUGGUCACAUUAGAAAUGCUUAAGAGCAACCUGUAAGUGGAGUUUCAUCAGGGUUUUCCGUGACACAGAAAACCUUAGUCCCUUACGUAUUUUCUGAACUUCUAAUAGCUGUGACACCCUGAAUUUGUCAACCACGAGAGUACAUUGACCCUCAACUUAAAAAUUCCUAAAGAAAAAUGUUAAAUUGUUCUCAAGUUAUUGUGCAGAACUUUUUUCCAAAAACUGUGGCUGUGACCUUGACCUAAUGGCUCCCAAAACAAUAUGGGUCUUGUACUGGUCAAGACAACCUACUUAUGAAGUUGUAUGGUCAUAAGUGGAAAUCUUUCGCAAUUAAUAGGGCAGACAAGAUAUUGUCUUUCGACCGAUCAAAAGGCCAAAACAGAUAAAAACCGACAUAUACCAACAUGUAUACCCAUCUUCGUUAAAUGGGCCGUAACAAUGACAUCUUUAUUGAUUGGCUAAGUUCAAUAAAGAUAUAAAAAAGAGCUUUAAACAUUUGUACAGGCAUAGGCUUAGAUGAACUCGGAUCAGUUUAAGCCCAGUCGUUAUGGGUGGCGGCGGAUUAUCUUCGUGGCAGUUUGUCAACACAGACAUUUUUUUUUACAAAAAAUGUAUAAAAACAAAUGUUGUAUAUCGGACAUGGCAUUUGAAAUAAAUGCCCACAGAUGCCCACUUUUCAUUCGAAGUUAUGUGCUCAAUGUGUUUUCCCUUGACUCAUAUACGAGCUCGAUCAGGUCUUGGACUUAACAACCUUGACCUUCGAAAUAAAUGAAAUUGUUUUGGAACGUAAAACUAUUGAUGGCAUUGUUCAAAUACUUGUUACCCUUAGAUUGUAUUGGCUUAUGCUUCCAUUAUGGCGUCAGACAAUCAUUUGACAGCAAUAUAGCAUGUGAUGCUCUACGGCUAGUGAUAUCGCUCUUAAGCCAAAUAUGUAUUAUUAUGUGGCCAACGCCAUCUAACAAAGAUUACAAACCACUCCAAUCUGCAAAUCCUUAAUCCGAUAUGUCAACGUAUUGUAUUACCAAGGUUAGGAAAAGAGUUCAAUCUAUAUUUGUUUUUUUCAGUGUGUUUUAUUGUUUAGCAUGCUACUUAAUUAUUUUAUUUUGUGCAAAAUGAUAUAUAUAUAUAUGAUAUGUUUGUUACACUAUAUAAGCAUUACGGUAUUAUGAUUGUCUGGUCAUUACGUAUGUUGAUUUUAUCAUUCUAUGAUACUCAAUCUGCAUAAUGGUAAUUGAAAUCUGAUUAUUAAUCUUUUGAUGGGCUGUUCGUCGACCCACAUGUGCUGUUUUGGGGAAUUGUAUAAAACACAUGUUGCUGUUCACGAGUCAUAUUGUGUUUUAUCAUUGUACGCUAUUUUGAAUAAAUACCCUAACUUGCA